AUGCAGUGUAUCCAACCGGACGAGGCGUGUACGUCUGUCAACGGAGAGAUCAUCCUAGCCAUGAUGAUGAACACCAAGACUUCUACCAAGACCCUAGUGGUGGUGGAAGAACGUGACACAGAGGAGGAGGAACCAGGUGAGUGGACUAAUAACGCUAACGUACUGUACAGUCCUCAUAACCAAUGUAAUCUCUAUGAUGAACCAGCUUAUCCAAAAUAUAUGAGGAAGAUGGCAUAUACGAACUACUUCAAAGUACUCAUUCCAUCUUUCCCUCCUUCCCUUCUUCCCUCCCUCCCUAUACAUCAGAGACAGCCUAAUCUUACUGUAGUCUCGCGAGACAUACUGGAAGUCUUGUGCUGGCUGGCUAACAUUUAUAUAAAUGUCUGUGGAGAGAGACUAGUCUAACUGAGACAUACUGUAUGCGCAGCCUGCUGAACUAAGACACAUGUAGAGAGCUGAACCAGUUGGCCAGAGGAGACAGAACUGUGUUGAAGGUCAUUGAAGAAGGACAGGAAGACAGAGAGAGUAAAUCAGAGAACAGUCUGGGUGGCAGGAAGGACGUCCCAGAGAAAACCAACCUCAGUUCUGCAGAAGGAGAGGAGUCACAUUGCAGAGCACAUCUCAUCCUUCCUCCAUCCCCCUGCCUCCCUGCAUCUGGAGUUUAUUAGCUUGUGGUGGGAGUGUGUGUGUGUGUGUGUGCAUGUGUGUGUGUGUGUGCAUGGGCGUGUGUGUGUGUGUGUGUGUGUGUGUGUGUGUGUGUGUGUGUGUGUGUGUGUGUGUGUGUGUGUGUGUGUGUGUGUGUGUGUGUGUGUGUGUGUGUGUGUGUGUGUGUGUGUGUGUGUGUGUGUGUGUGUGUGUGUGUGUGUGUGUGUGUGUGUGUGUGUGUGUGUGUGUGUGUGUGUGUGUGUGUGAGAGAGAGAGGUUGAUUGGAGCAUUGGAGCAUAGCUGGGGUAUGGGUGGCUUGCUGCUAGCGCUGAGGCCCCAGCCCAGUUCUACCACAGUUCUACCAAGCAGUACUGUGCGAAAGGAGUGGAAAAAGACGAGUCAUCCACAUCCAUCCUGCAUGGAGCUCCAGUUGUUUUCACUUAGAACCUUCUCUGUGGCCUCCCCUUCCCAGUAAAGAAAGGAGGGAGAAGUGGUCUUCUCGCUAGGUUUGGGAGAGUAUCCAGAGCUUGAGGCCCCCUCAUCGCUGCAUUAGCAAAUCGCACAUUCACUCACUCAGUCAGUCAGUUGUUCUCCUCUCUGGGGCUCAGAGGGCUGGGAGUGUGUGUGUGUGUGUGUGUGUGUGUGUGAUCAGAGAGAGGGUGGGGCAGACUGGGGAGGCCCCGGGACCACGGAGGCCCGGGGGUGUCCUACAUCACAUUAUACUCAUUAUGAUCUAGAUGGGACUGUUUUCACUGCCAGGGCUUUUCCAAUCAGCAUCCCCCUAUGGGGUGAUUACAUCAACAAGUGGACUGUGGUCAGUGGGUGGGAAGAGUAAACCCCUAUUGACUCACAAGUUGCGUCCCAAAUGGCACCAUAUUCCCUAUGGGCCCUGGUAAAAGUAGUGCACUAUAAAGGGAAUAGGCUGCCAUUUAGGACGCAAUACUUGUCUUACAUGUCUAAUCAUACUAUGUUAAUCACUAAGGGCUGGCAUUGUGCCCAGAGCAAAUGAAGCAUGGCAAACAGUAAUGGGGACCUGGGGAGUGUUUACUACACUUGAUUUGGCCUGUGUUAAUAAAUGAGCACCAUGCCACUGCAGGGCCUAAACAUUGGGUACAGACUCAGGCUGCAUCAGAAUCGGCACCCUAUUCCCUAUAUAGUGCACUACUUUUUACCAGAGUCCUAAGGGAAUAGGGUGCCACUUGAUUUGACUGUGAGCACCACUCCUCUGCGGGUCUGAAUAUUGGGCUCAGCCUGAGAUGUUGUAAUCAAGGGAUAUGUCUUUCAUUGAUGAUGUUUGGAAAUAAAGAACCUCAACAACCUCAGCUGCUUUUAGCUAUUGGUGAUCAGAGACCCAGAAGGAUGGAGUAAUCACCCAAGUGGGCUGUGAGUAUACAGUAUAUGCCAAACCUAGCCUACUGUAACCAAGCCAACCCUGGCAGUGGGCAGUGGUGUGUUGUGUUCCUGCCAAUACCAGUACGUAUUCCAGGCAGGGCUGUGGAUUCAUUUCCCGUGGCAAAGGGAGAUUAAGUAAGCACAGAUACGCCAUAAACCCUAAUGAAAAAUAUUGCUUGGCUCAGAUACCAUGCUUUUAAUACAAAGGCAUCUCUUAUGCUGAGAUGGCAAAGACAACAAGCAGUCAUUUCAAGCAACCUGAGUCCUGUACUGGACAGUAUCCCAACGAGUUCAGCUUGAUCUCCAAAUCAAAGAGGGUCGUUUGUAGGCAGUUUGGUGCACGGAAAAACAUAACAGCCUCAAAGCUCAACCAUCAAAGUUAGAUGUACUGCCUCACAAGAUAAAUAAAUUGUCACCCUUUUUGCUGAACUGUGAACUGUAAGGAAAACUCAACAGAAGGGACAGUAGUAAUGUUGAGUACUGGUAAGAUCGUUCAGCUAUCAAAAGCAGUCUCUGCACACUUGAAGCUUAGCAGGUUCAGUGCUAAGCUUCAGAUGCAAGUUAUAAUGUGCUAAGCUUUCAGUCAACAACCAACUUCGUCAGAGCACCGCCAUUUUGUAUCCCUAUGCUUUUCUUUUGAAGUGGACUUGUUUACAGUACAGUAAUUAUACAACACAUAAAACUUUCUAACUGAAUUCCUGUUAGCUGACUGACUGCCUGUAAGUUGUGCAACCAAGUCAACUGGCGUAUGGUUUAUCUGAGUACAGGCCUCAGAUGUCAAGGAUCUCACAUGGACUCCAUUAGUCAUUUCUACACACUUUGGGGAUGUGGGUUAGAGGUCAAGGGUCAGAGGUUAAGAGAAACAAGGCACCAUGCCACUAAAGGAGUGUUCUUCUGUUCUAUUAUGUGAACAGCAAAUUCUGGGCAAACAAAUUACGUUGACUCUAUUGAGGUGCUAUCGGUUCAAGGUCAACUGUGCCUAGAGCAUACGGAGAUGAGAACAUCGCCUUGCCUUGCCUUUAGUGUACUCUCUCUCUUUCUCUCUCCCUCCCUCUCACACACGUAGCACAGCUGAGAUCUUUGUGAAAUCUGAAUAAGUACGAAGAACAAAGCUUUGCUUCUUACAUGGAGAAUGGUUGGACCUUAGGGUCUCUUUCAUACUGUUGGCAGAUGUGCUAGUUGGAAAGUUGGUCUGGGAGGAAGACCCAGGGAUAGCUGACUCAACCAUCUUUGUUAGAGCACAUGGGCAGGCGAGGCUAGGUGGGAACAGGGCAGGGACCCUUACACAAAACCUCAGAGCUGUGACCCAUACUCAGAACCUCAGCCGGCCCAAAACCCCAACAGCAACCCAGAGGUGAGGCUUCCCAAUCAUAGUCUGACCAGGCUUGGAAAGUUAUUCUGCUACAGUCUUUUCAUACUUCAUAAACUACAACUGUACUGUAAAACUAAUUUCCACAGUGUCCUAGUUUUGUUGGCCUCAUCUUGUCUUCGGCUCCUCUAUCCUCUCCUCUGACCUGGAACUCGUUGGGCGUCUCUGAUUGUUGACGGGUCAGCUUUUCAUUCUCUUUAUAACGAGCCAAAGGAACAGAUAAGACUGGAGAGGUGGAGCAGUGGGAGGGAGGGAUGAUGGGAGGGUGGGAUGAUGGAGGGGAGGGAUUGAGAGAUGGAGCGGGACAGUCACUGAGUGGUCUGGAGGGGAGGGAUUGAGAGAUGGAGCGGGACAGUCACUGAGUGGUCUGGAGGGGAGGGAUUGAGAGAUGGAGCGGGACAGUCACUGAGUGGUCUGGAGGGGAGGGAUUGAGAGAUGGAGCGGGACAGUCACUGAGUGGUCUGGAGGGGAGGGACUGAGAGAUGGAGUGGGACAGUCACUGAGUGGUCUGGAGGGGAGGGAUUGAGAGAUGGAGCGAGACGGUCACUGAGUGGUCUGGAGGGGAGGGAUUGAGAGAUGGAGCGGGACAGUCACUGAGUGGUCUGGAGGGGAGGGAUUGAGAGAUGGAGCGGGACAGUCACUGAGUGGUCUGGAGGGGAGAGAUUGAGAGAUGGAGCGGGACAGUCACUGAGUGGUCUGGAGGGGAGGGAUUGAGAGAUGGAGCGGGUCAGUCACUGAGUGGUCUGGAGGGGAGGGAUUGAGAGAUGGAGCGGGACAGUCACUGAGUGGUCUGGAGGGGAGGGAGGGAUGAAGGGAGGGGGGUCUGUCAUGUUACCGCCGUCCCAUGUGAAAUCCAACUAUCCUCUGAUGGUUCUGUCAUUGUCCGUCAUGAGGGAAUGAAAACCCAAAGGUGUUCUUUCCCGGAAUAUCUUGGAUCCGGAACAAAUCUGGUCUUGAAUUCGCCUCUACACAACUAGCACCAUUGUAUGGUUUGUUCAGAAGUAAUUAGAAGCUAAUUAGGUUUUUAAAAGCUGCCCAGAUUACCUCAAAUGAAGGAAUAAGCAGAAAUGUCAACAGGUUCAUCUCGGCACUCUGUUCCCUUUGUAGUGCACUACUUUUGACCAGGGCACAUAGGGGGCCAUUUUCAAGACCUGGUUAUCCCAAGGGAGUUGGGUUCAUAAGUGCUGUCAUUUUACAUCACAGCAAAUGUUCUUGACGCUUCAACACAUAGUUGUAAUGUGGUGUUUUCAUGCAUCUACAAAUGUAAUGUUGUUCAAUUGUUGUUCUAUGUUAACACCAGUCUGUGUUUUAUGUUUCAGUUCAUCCCACCCUCACGGCAUCACAAUACCCUGCUGACCCACUAGGGGAAAGUAAGUCAAUCAUUGACUAGGAGAUUCUUAACCAAUGGUUUUUAUAUCUCAGGAUCUUAGACCACUUUGACAUAAUAAUUGUUGACCAGAUUGAGUAUGUCAUUUGCAUAUAAGUUGUUUUCAUGAUGUCAUGUCCAGAGAAAAAUACAUGCUGUCGCUACCUCGCCUUCAAACCAAGGUGCUGUCAUGUUGUCAAGUCAUUGAAUAACAAUCUGCAUCGUUCUCUCUCUCAGCCAUCUUGUAUGUGUUGGACACUCCAACCGUGGUUGGGAUCGCCUUCGCUGCAUUUGUGAUCGGUGCCCUGUUGACCGGAGCCAUGUGGUUCAUCUACUCUCAUACAGGUACGUCUCUCUGACCUGUCCCUUUACCUGAGACACAGGGAAGUCUCAUACAGUCACAUCCACACUGGUAUACAACUUAGAAAGUAUGCUCAAUACAUUGCUUCAUUCCAAGUGGUAUGAUAGUAUGGACAUUGGAACAUUCACUAGUGGUAUGCUUGUUUGGAACAUAGACACUCAUUGGAAUUUAUACAUCUGUGUACUGUCCCUUUACCUGCUGUUACAUGAGGUCCUACCUUUUGGACCUCAUGUAAGACUGAAGGUUUCACCUUGAUGGUAACCUCUCUGCACUGAUAAGCGCUUCUAAAGAAUGUCUGAACUACACAGUGCCAGAAUGCUGUUUUAUAAUCAGAAAACAUCCCAUCGCUGACAGAGGCGAGUUAACAAUAACCAGGGCCGUUGCUACAUAUGAGUACAACGAGGUCCAAUCCUCGGCAAAUUCUUCAAAUAGAUGUCAAAAUGUGUAUAAUUGCAGGAAAUUAGCUGUAAACUGCAAUCACCAAAAAAGUUAUGUUAAGCUAACGUAUUUGUUUAACUUUUGUUAAUAACAUACUUUUUCUGCUAACAGAUCCCUUUGUACAGAUUAAAUUAUAGUUUUUAAUCCCGGUGCUGAGUUAAUGUGAGUUAAUGUGUAGCGGCUAAUUGUAUAGCUAAUAGGCUAUGUGUUUGUAGAUCAACUGAGGUGAAUGAACCUACAGCAACCAAUGUGAUAAUGGCUAAGGUAAUUUUUGCUUGUUUUUGCUGUUCUCCAAAUAGCAUUUUAGAGUUUUUAAAUUGUAUAGAAAUACAGUAAAUGAGCUUUAACUUUCUUAAAAUGUCUUGGAUCCCCCAACCCCCCUCCGGACUAAAACUCAGACCCUGGCUACAGCCCUGGCAAUAACAUAUGUGACUAGUUUCAGGAAACUAGGCGUAUGUCGCGGGUCACUACUUCCCAGGAGAGCCAUUUGAACGUAUACUUUUUUUAAAAAUCAAAAUGCGUUUUUUGGCAGAAAUGCGUUCUGGAACAUGUGAACUUUCAUAUGCCUUAAUAACAAACUUGUAUGCCAUCUGUAAAUACGAAUAACAUUGUUAAAUUACGAGCCUAGUUGGUUAAGCCACAGAAAAAGACAGCAACCUUCCCAUUAGCCAUGAUUGGCUGAGAUAAUGAGUGGGCUGGACAUGCCGAGAGAGGAGUUCGGAGUGGUCUGCCAUAUAGCAUGCAUCUGUCUAUUUGAGCUGGUCAGUAUGUGUAGGUAAUACUGUCUAACGCGGCUUUUUAAAAAAUGUAUAGUGUAGUGGAGCUGCAUAAGUGUUGCUCUCCACCCACUUUCUGGAGGAUCGAGUUUUGAAAUCAGUGGAAUUAGAGAAUGAUAGCUAAUGAGAUGGAGAAAACACCUGUCUCCGGAUUACAUCUUUACAUUCACAUCAUUUAGCAGACGCUCUUAUCCAGAGCGACUUACAAAUUGGUGCAUUCAACUUAUGAUAGCCAGUGGGACAACCACCUUUUUUUAUGUGGGGUGGGGGAAGAAGGAUUACUUUAUACUAUUCCAGGUAUUCCUUAAAGAGGUAGGGUUUCAAGUGUCGGCAAAAAGCGUAAUUAAAUUGUUGCCAGCAGCACAGUUACAGUCACCAAUUUUCUGGAUAACAUGAAAACAGCCUAACAGCCAGAGGUAAACAAUGAACCAUAAUCCCAAUUUUGUGUCUGGAAGUAGCUAGCAAGUUAGCCAAUGUUAGCCAGUUAGCUUGGGUGCUUGACUGCCAUUGUGAGGUCAGAACGCUCGGAUCAACCCUACUCAUCGGCCAGAGCGUCAAGUGUGCGCUCUGAACGCUCCGAGAGCGAAACGAGAUGGGUGGGGCUAAAGCUUAAGAGGGUGUGAACGAUGCUGAAUGGGUGUAGACAAAGAAGAGCUCUUCAGUAGGUACCAAAACAUUCAAAGGCCAUUUUCUCAAAAGUGAGAUUACAAGUUUAUCAACUUUCAAAGCAGAAUUACUUUCCCAUUGUUCCCUUAAAUGCAGUGUAUGAUAUACCAUUUUGUAGCUCUGUGUCUCUGCUUUUAUCCAAUGUAAAAAACACAAUUUCUAAUGUUGCUACAUAAGACCGAAUCAAGGCGGUCGGUCACAUAUUGACUCCUCUAUUGUAAAUAUAUCCUGUUUGUCAGCUUAAGCGACUCUUCUCUUUCCUGCCUUUGAAUGGGUCUCGGGUCCUGCGGGGUGGUCGUAUUCGCGGACACAAUGGCCUCAGCUCGGACAUAGAGAGGGGGCUGGCUGGAAUUCCCCCUGUCCAUUUUUUGUGGGGCGCUCGCCAUUUGGCUCACAGGAAGAGAGACACAAUCUGUCCAUUAGACGCCAAGUCAAGACUUUCCACACCAGCAUCCCCAGACUGGUGAACCCUGACCCCUGAACUCUAUGAGGAAGGACCUCUAACAGCACAUACUGUAGAACAGAACAGGCCUGUCUGUGUUCUGCCUGGCUACCAUGCUGUUGAGUUGAUCUCCUCUCAUCGAUCCUUCAUGUGUCCUCAGAGAAAACCAUGAAAUCAUUAAUAAACAAGAUCAGGGUAUUCUAGGUGAGAUCAUUGCCCUAAGGUUUAGAUGACCACAGCACAUAGAGCACCAAAGGCCUGUCUGUGUUCUGCCUGUUUGGCCACUGAAAUACGGACAUCUCAGAAAAGUGCAGCAAACUCCACUGAUGUGCAUUUCAGUUAAUCAGUCCCAAUUCAAAAACAUGAUUUUUUUACUUUUAUCUUUAUCCCUCUGUUUAUACUGGGACCUCUUUAAAACGUCCUUCAUAAGACUUUUAUGAGUUUCCUAGAGAGACCCGCCAUUAUAAACCCAAGCCUUUAUAUUCCCCUAUGGCCCAAAAUAUUGUUGAGGUCAAGAGUUGAACUUCUUUAGGGAAACAGGUGUAAGGAAUGUAGUUAUGAAAAGAUUAGGAGAGUUAAGCCCUUUUAGAAGUUGUGAUAAAAAACACUGCAGGAAUGUGAUUCUAAUAUUGAUGUUAUAGCUAGUGGUUCCUCUGUUGGAGCAUAACAGGCAGAGAGACCUACGCUUGUGUCCCAAAUGGCACCCUAUUCCCUAUAUAGUGCACUACUUUUGAUGAGGCCCUUAGGGCUCUGAUCAAAAGUAGUGCACUAUAUAGGGAAUAUGGUACUAUUUGGGACGCAUCCCUAUUCUAUUCUGAUGUAGUCUUGGAAACUAUUGACUUGUAACACCAAAAUAUCCCUACAUGGAAACAUUGGCAAGAAUACCCAAAGAAUUUAUAUUUUCUCAAAAACAACUUAAAAUAUCCGCAGCUGAAUCAUUUUAAAACCAGUGAAUGAUGAAACAUGUAAAAUGUACCCUCACUUAUUCCCUCAGGAGGCGAAGGACAAUGUUAGAGGUUUGUUCACAUUAAAAGCCAAAACCACAAUAUUUUUUCUUUUCUACACUGUCUCACCCACUCACAAAACAAGCCCAUAAAGUUUUCUCCUUCGUCUGUGUGGACCCUAUUUGGCCAAAUCCUAAAAAGAAACUCCAAGAUGGCUGAAGCAUCCACUUGAUGGCUCAAAACUGAACCUUUCAACAGACUAGGCAUGAGUACACAUUCUAAUCAGGUACCAGUGUGUGGUUUCCCCUAUCAGACUAGGCUCUGCAGAUAGGACAGCUAGCUCACACUUUGAUAUUCCCCAUGACUGGUAUAGAAGGUCACACGUAGAACCAGGGAGGGUACUCUCAAGUAUUCUUUAUCAUUACCUUGUGUUUGCAGCCACAGGGAAGUUACAUUUAUUUAAUAAAAAAUAAAAUAAAGAAAUUUGAAUGUAACCUGAAACAGAUAUGAGGAAUUUAUUUAUUAAAGCAAUGUCUUCAGUCCAGUAGUGUAUCCUGUGUAUACAGGACGUGAUAAGUACUAUCCCUAGUAUCGCUCUAUUUUAGAAUAUGCCACAUUAGGAAUGUGGACUGCGUCCCGAAUGGCACACUAUUCCCUAUAUAGUGCAAUACUUUUGACCAGAGCUCUAUGGGCCCCGGUGAAAAGUAGUGCACUAAAUAGGGAAUAGGGUGCCAUUUUAGGACACAGAUAUGGAGGAAGGAUGAUGUUAUAGAAGAGGGGCUGUGAUCUGUCUGCCUGCGUUGUGAUAGCUCACGCCAGGGGUUAAGGGGGUUGCCACUGGAGACAAGGAGUGGGAGUUACCCGGGCACCGAACAGAACGUGUGAAGGAACAGGGUCAAUAGACUGUUGCUUCACUUCAAUGACAUGUGAUGUCACCAUACGAGACGUUUCUCAAUCAGGCCAGAUGGUUUACAACAACAUUUACAACAACAUUAAAUUACAUUUAUAUAGCCCAUUUGUGUCUGGCCGGCCAGACCUAGCUAUCUGGCCAGCUGGCCGAACCUACCUAUCUGGCAGGCCGGACCUACCUAUCUGGCAGGCUGGCCGGACCUAUCAUGAGAUUUAUAGAUUUGUGUAUAAGCUUUUGUUUGGUCAAACUCUGUGAAAGUAUGGUGGAAAGCCAAGUAUGCUUUUAGGGGCGAAUCCUAACUUCCACUUACGUCAAAUUUUCACUUGGUCUCCCAUAGAUUUCAAUGCAUGACUAAAUUCAAUUUAGGAUUUCGCUCUUUAGAUUCCUACCAGGAAGUAAACUGACUUUCUUAUUGAACUUUUCUUGGAGAUAGAGAAUGGACACAAAGGAGUUAAAGUGAGCCGAGGCCUUUUGUGUUUGACAGCCCAUGCAGUGUUCUGUGAGUAUAUAUGGACUGUGUUUAGCUUGAGCUCUUUGACAGCGCUGCUCUGGCAAACAUUAGAGCAGAGAGAGAGACGAGGGGCCUGAAAGAGGGAACCAGAAGGACUGUGGGCCCAGAGCCGCGCAACACACACACACACACACACAAAAGUAAAUUACAGUAAUACCCAAACACAGAACCACUCCAGAAACCAAACAGAGAUCGAUAUAGUAGGCACAGACUGCGUCCCAAAUGGCACCGUAUUCCCUAUAUAAUGUACGACUGUUCACCAAGGCCUGUAGGGCUCUGGUCAAAAGUAGUGCAGUAUAUAGGAAAUACGGUGCCAUUUGGGACACAAUCACAGACCCCAUUUUUCCAGUCUCUCUCUCCGGGGAGACAGCUCAGAUUGCAAACAAACAACAUAUGGAGUGCAUUUUAAUACCAGAAGCACAGUGUGCCAGAUAUGUAAAACAAACACAGGGAUUUUUUCAGAUGCCUUCAGUUCUCUGUCAGACAAGGUUUCCAAACAAAUGGAAGCAUUUUUAUUUGCCCCCUAACUUUCUGUUUCCAGCUCUGGAGCCCAGGAAUCUACAAACUGGAAUGCUCAUUUAAACACAGAACAAUAAACAAGUCAGUGGUUUGAGGUCCAGGCAGAAGGCCUCUGUCUCAUGUUUAUUCUGAUAAAGCUAUGCUAAUUGCUUGCAGAUAACAGAGAGUGGAGAGCUAUAUUGAGAAGCCUCAGUUCAGGUCUUUCCAUUUGAGACACUCUGUGCUGGAUCAGGUGCUUUGAUUGGCUGACUCAAAGGAGUUGAGUCCUUGUGUGUUAGGCGACUGUUACGUUCACUUAAAAACAAAUGUCAGUGAAGUGAUAAUCACCACAUGGGACAAGCAGCAGCACUGGGAGAACUGACGAUUUUCAUUUAUACAUCAGUCUGUUACCAGAUUGAGCCGCUGGCCUCUAGAUAACAAAAAACCUUGAAUAAAAUGCAGUGGCACAAAAUAAUGUAGCUAAAAUCCAAUUAUUGUGAUGUAUUGCAUCAAACCUUAACUCUCACUCUUUUUCCCUCUCUCCCCUCCCUCUCUCUCUCCCCCUCCCUCACUCUCUCCCCUCCCUCUCUCUCUCCCCCUCCCUCACUCACAUCUGUAUUUUUUCUUCUCGCCCCCUCCCACGUCUCUCUCCCUCUCUCUCUGUCUGUCUUUCUCUCUCCCCCUUUCUCCUCCACCCCUCUCCCUUUCUUUCACUUCCCUCCCUCUUCUCCCCUCACCUCCCUAUCCAGGUGAUACAGCUGGGCGACAGCAGGCCCAGAAGCCCCAACCCCCACCCUCAGAGAACAGCAGUGCGGCCCACAGUAUUGGCAGCACACAAAGCACGCCCUGUUCAAGCAGCAGUACAGCAUAG